UCAAAAAAACAAUAACAGAAGAAAACUUCCCCAACUGGAUGAAAAACAUCUACAAAAAACAUACACUUAAAAGUAUACUUGAGGCCUUGGGCUCGAGGGGUCCAGCAGCCGCGCGCCGCCGCCACUUCUCUGAGCGCCCGCCAUGAACCGCAAGAAGCUGCAGAAGUUGACGGACACCUUAACUAAAAAUUGCAAGCAUUUUAAUACAUUUGAAGUGAAUUGUCUUAUAAAGUUAUUUUAUAAUUUGGUGGGAGAAGGCGUAGAGCGGCAAGGAACAACCAUUGGACUAGAUCGUAAUGCAUUUCGAAACAUCCUGCACGUGACAUUUGGAAUGACUGAUGACAUAAUAAUGGACAGAGUAUUCCGAGGUUUUGAUAAAGACAAUGAUGGCUGUGUAAAUGUAACGGAGUGGGUUUGCGGAUUAUCACUGUUUCUUCGAGGAUCUUUGGAAGAAAAAAUGAAAUAUUGCUUUGAAGUGUUUGAUUUGAAUGGUGAUGGAUUCAUUUCAAAGGAGGAAAUGUUUCACAUGUUGAAGAACAGCCUUCUCAAACAGCCAUCUGAAGAAGACCCUGAUGAAGGAAUUAAAGAUUUGGUCGAAAUAACACUUAAGAAAAUGGAUUAUGACCAUGACGGGAAGCUGUCUUUUGCAGACUAUGAACAAGCUGUGAGAGAAGAGACCCUUCUACUGGAAGCUUUUGGACCAUGUCUACCUGAUCCAAAGAGCCAGAUGGAAUUCGAAGCCCAAGUAUUCAAGGAUCCACAUGACUUCAAUGAUAUGUGAACAUUGCUGUAUUGUCUCAAUGUAAGGUGUGAGUAAAACAGAUGGAAGACAAGAAGUUCCUUGUUAGAUGUUGGGUUCGGCAAGACAGGCUAACAUUGCUAGAGACAUUUUAUCAUGGAUUAUCUCUCGAAGCACAAGCUGUGUGCUUAAUAAUCAUGAAUUAUUAAGACAAAUGUUCUUCAUGUGAGAAAGAAGUGGGAAAAUCAUCGAAACUACUGGAUUUCCUUUGAAACAAUAAAUAAGAUGGCAUCAAAA